AUUUUUUUCAUUUCAGAACUACAUGUAACCAUUUUACCGAGAUCCAGCAAAAAUGAGUUUAACAAUUUAUAAUAGCUAGUUUCAUAUUACUUACAUGAAUAUGAUCUUAAAAAGAUAAAAAAAAAAACAAGAAUGUGAUUUUGAUAUUUUGAUUUCAUGACUGAACAGAAAGAGAGAAAAUUGACGGCUGAGGAUCUGAAGAUUUUAUCUCUCUUCGUUCAGUACAUGACACUUCCUUGAUGAUACCUUCUCCGCAUCAGCCCAAAAUAUGCUUCAAAUUCUCGAAAACUAGAGAAGAGAUUCCAUAAACUACCAUAGAAAGCCGAUCUCAUGUAUGUUAGUAUCACUGGCAUUUAGUUUUAUUUAUAGGACAUUUCAUCCAGAAAGGAGGAAACCGCACUACCUUCCGAUGCCCACUUGUACGUGGUACCGAUUGCGCUUAAAAUUGAUGUAUGUCGUGUAUUUUGAAGCAAAACAAAAGUAGGCCGGUGAUGAAAAACAAAAGAUCCGAUGUGGUGACCAGCUUUUUAACAAACAAGAUUUACUUUCACACCAUCAAAAGGACUUUUUAUACCGUUAUAAGUAAGACAGAGAGAUUAUACUUUCAACUAACGAUCAGGUUGACUUGUUUUUAAAGCUUACAAAUCCGAAGCGAUUUUCAAUUACAAGCGUAGUGGAUUCAAUUAUUUUGUUUUAACUGAAACAAUAACAUCAACAUUUACAUGUCUGCCAAGCGACAUGUUUUAACACGAAUUCGAAAUUCGAAAUUAACACUUUGGAAGACACGAUAUUGAACUUCGGAAAAAAUCCUUCGAUUGAAUUUUCCCAAAGAAAAUAUCUGAAAAUAUGUAAGACAUAAGCGUUUAGUUACCUUGUUCCUGUUUUUGAUCCUCGGAGUCCGUGUCGUUUAACGGCGUGUAAGCCGCCGAAGACAUCUCACUUUCUUUCGGCCCUCAGCUGAGCAGGUAGAAGGCUGUUUUUACAUCUCGAAGAGAAACCAACAGCGUCAAACCAAAACAAUCGCUUGUCAUUUGAUCGAUGGCGGCGGCAUUUUUGUGCCGCGAAGAAUUUCAAGAAAUAUGUGUACGCGAUUUGCCGUUAAACCCCCAAUAAAUAAACGUUCAACUGAAGAGUGUUGAGAGAAACGUCCAGAUGAAUUAUGUAUUAGUUGAAUUCACCCUCUCCUACCUAAUGAAGCGAAGGAAGUGGUGAAUUAGAAUUUACGAUCGUACGAUCCUCCUCUUUGCAAAGUGCGCCUUGUUCCUUUUUACCAGCGUGGUAUCGCUACAGGGCAUGCGUAUUAUAAUACAUAUCAUACUUAGUCUCCCACAGCCAAAUUCAACAUGGCUGCCAAUGCAACCAGCUCGGCAGCGACAACAACUUCCAAGUCAAAUCCUUCGAAAAAGGAAAAAGACACUUUAAUCGCCGUCCUUCAAUUUUUAAAGAAAAGCAAGUUAUCUGAAACAGAGAAGAUCUUUAGGCAAGAGGUAAAUUGUUUAGAAGCAAUAGAAGAAAUAAACCUUCAAACAACUCCUGACUCAGAACCAGAUAUCUCAUCAGUAUUGUCUGCUUAUAACAGUGAUGCAGAUCCUACAAGAUAUGAGGACUAUUAUAGCAGUCUGCAAGCGUUUGUAGAAAAAUCCCUGGAUAUAUACAAGCCUGAAUUAGCCAUGGUUUUGUAUCCAAUGUUUGUCCAUAUGUACCUUGAAUUGGUCUACAAAGGCAGUGAAAAAGAAGCACAAUCUUUCUUUGCCUGUUUCCGUGGAAGUCAAGAAGAUUACCAUGAAGAGGAUCUUGGAAAGUUGGCUGCAAUAACUCGACGUGAACACAUGAACAGUAAUGAACUCAUGGGAACCUUAAGGUACCACAUAAUGUGACAGUCAAGAAGACCAGCUAAAAUAACCACAUCCAUUUUGUUUGUUUGUUUGUUUUUUCAGGAUCAGCAACAGGAAUUACUGCUUACUUUAAUUCAGCAACAUCUUCAUUUUGAUGUUUUUGAAGGAAGACCAAGAAACAAGCAAACAAUAGAAGCCACAGCUGGAGCAGUGACUGGGGAGGCAACAUUUGAAGCCAACAAAAGCAAGGUAUAUUAUGGGAUUCCACCAGAGCCUGACCUCGGAGUUGUGAUAGAAGAAGAAAAUGAGGAUGAUGAUGAUAAGGACAAACCAAAGAAAUUUCUCUUUUAUCGUUUAUUACUUCACAGGAAGGACAGCGAUAAGUUGAUUAAGAUAACACUGAUGAGAGAAGCGGCCAAAAGAUUAACCCUGGGUCCGGACACUCUUCCCUCCAUCUGCUUCUACAGUGUACUCAACGCUCACGCCAGUUUAAACUCGGUCAGUAUAUCAAACGACUCGAGCCUACUGUCAGGUGGAUUUGAGGACAGCAGUGUCCGUGUUUGGAGCCUCACUCCCAAGAAAUUACGCAUGCUCAAAUCGCCCUCAGAACUCGCUCAAAUCGACAAGGAAGCAGAGGACGUACUUGAGAGAAUAAUGGAUCACAGGUUAGUAUUUAAACGUCAUUAUUUUUAUCGUGGCAUCUGUGCACUCCUGACCCUAUCUGCAACAGUUCAUGUUCAGCUGACCUUCUCCAGAUGUUUUUAGGCCCUCCUCGCUUUAUUUCCCCUGGCGGGUUCAAGAAUAGGCCUAACAGUUUUUCAAAAGCCCAUAUCGCAAUCCGUUUUAAUCUUCUUCAAUUUCUGUCCAUCCGUACCUUCUUUUGUAUUUGCUUGACAUUGAAAUGUUUCUUCACUGUUUUAAGGUGAUUCCUUAGUGUUGCAUUGCGCAUCCCUACUGCGCACGAUUUU